GGAAAAUUUACACUCCUCUUCACUCUUCGCACACUCCGUCUCUCUCUCUUCAUGGACAAACUCUCUCUCUUCUCUCUCCUCCUCCUGCUAUCAUCUGCGGUAGCCUCCGCCAUCACUACCGAUGAAGCCGAUCUGUUGAUUCGCCAAGUCGUAUCGGACGGCGAGGAUGAUCUGCUAGACGCCGAUCACCACUUCUCUCUCUUCAAGACAAAGUUCGGCAAAACCUACGCCACACAGGAGGAGCACGAUUACCGGCUUUCGAUCUUCAAGGCUAACUUGCGCCAAGCCAAACGUCACCAGCUUCUCGACCCCUCCGCCGUACACGGCGUCACCAAGUUCUCCGACCUCACGGCGGCGGAGUUCCAACGCACUCGUCUCGGAUUGAAGCGUCUCAAGCUUCCCACCGACGCUCGCAAGGCUCCGAUCCUUCCGACCAACGACCUUCCCACCGAUUUCGACUGGCGAGAACACGGUGCGGUCACUGGAGUUAAAGAUCAGGGUUCUUGUGGAUCGUGCUGGUCUUUUAGCGCGACUGGAGCUUUGGAAGGAGCUCACUUUCUUUCUACUGGAGAGCUUGUCAGCCUCAGUGAACAGCAGCUAGUGGACUGCGACCACGAGUGCGAUCCAGAACAAUAUGGUUCAUGUGAUUCAGGGUGUAACGGUGGGCUCAUGAAUAAUGCCUUUGAGUACGCUCUCAAGGCUGGUGGACUUGAACUAGAGAAAGAUUAUCCUUACACUGGCAAAGACGGUCGUACCUGCAAAUUUGAUAAGAGCAAAAUUGCUGCCAAAGUAUCCAACUUCAGCGUCGUUUCACUUGAUGAAGACCAAAUUGCUGCAAAUCUGGUUAAGAAUGGCCCUCUUGCAGUGGGAAUCAAUGCAGCUUUCAUGCAGACAUACAUAGGGGGAGUUUCGUGCCCAUACAUUUGUUCGAAGCGGAAUUUGGACCAUGGGGUGCUUCUGGUGGGUUUUGGAUCCGCGGGUUAUUCCAUCAUCCGGUUCAAGGAGAAGCCUUACUGGAUCAUAAAGAACUCGUGGGGAGAAAGUUGGGGAGAGGAUGGGUACUACAAAAUCUGCAGGGGUCGCAAUAUAUGCGGGGUGGAUUCCAUGGUCUCAACUGUAGCUGCUAUCCAUACCUCUGCGCAGUAGAUUAUGAAGUUACUGCUUGAUGAAGGUUUAUAUGUAUUAUUAAGUUUAUUAAUCUGGGGAUAUCUUGUAGAUACAAUAUGUAUGCCAUAACUAUUCUAGAUUCGAUCUGUUGUAAGUUCUAAAGGCUCCUUUAUGGACAUGCCUAAACAGGAAUGUUGCACUGAUGAUAUUUAUAAGUUCGUAAUGAUUUCCACUUACUAAA